UCCCUUCCCUAGUCCUGGCCGUGAAGCUUGUCGUACAUCUGGCAACCCUUCUAUGACUUAGGAUUCAGGAGGCAGCUGUAGUAACCCUGUAGCCACCAUGACCGUGCACAAGCUCACAUUGGUUCAUCAUACACACGUAUAUAUUAAACCAUAACUUACUUUUGGUAUCAUGGCCAUGGCUCAGGCAGUGAGGUGCACCUCACACCUGCUGCAGGGUUCCUCAUUAUCCUCUCUGCUUCACUGUUUAUGUGUCCCAUCUGUAAGGGUUCUCACCUCCAGUAGUAUAUACCCUCAUUCUACACAACUACGUCCAACCUUCAAACACCACAUAAGAUGGAUGUGUGAUGAUAGUGUGAGGUGGCUGUGGCCGGCAGAUGAGGAUAGUAUUAGUUUUGAUGCUGGUCACAGGCAUGGUACCAGGAAAGGCAUAGUGGCUGUAACACUUAACACUACUAAGCCAUUGCAGCUGCACUACCUGAAAGAGGCUUUCCAUCAUUUACAGCGAAGGAUUCCUACAUUCCGGAUGUGUUUGCGACCAAGAGGUGACUCCUUGUGGUUCUGUGAGCCUUCCCAGGUAUCUGUGAACAUUCAAAUGCUUGCUGAUGAUGAUAACCUCCUUGAGGUGAUGAGCAAAGUGGGUAAGGAACAGUUUACUUACUGUGACCCAGUUCAGUGGAAAGCAAUAUUUAUACCACGGAGGGCUCACAUUCCAUGCCCUUUACCUGAGCUCCAACAUUCCUUUCCCCAUCAGUGUGAUUUUGUAUUUACAGCCCACCAUGCCCUGUAUAACGGUAUGGAUUGUAACUUCAUGUUGAAAUGCUUGGUGGAUAUACUCAAUGAUAUAAUUGCUGGUCAGCCAGUGGAUGACAGUCCAUGCAGCGUAUUUACUGACAGAGAUGAAAUCCAAAUUUUAAGGAAAAAUGUGAGAGAGAAUUUAAGAAAAAAUACAAAACGUAUUGAUGAGGUGAGAAAAAGUAUGCCAUCGGCUGACACAGUGCCACUACUUUUUGAAACUUUCCCAAGACCCACCGCAAUAAAGCGUACUACAAGGUUCGUCAGUCAUAAUAUAGAACCACUGGUGAUAAAACAGUUCCAUGAGAAGGCCAAAAAAGCUGGAGUAAGCAUCUACAGUGCUUUAACUGCUGCUGUCAACACAGCAAUUGUGGAACUGGCAAAUGAGGCAGGCAAGGUGCAUGAAACCUGCACUGUUUCAACUUAUCAUUUACUCAAACUUGGUAACCAGAAAACAGAAAUGAAAUAUCAAUUAGGCCUCUUGAAUGUCUGCCUAUCACAUUCUUCACAUGUUGAUAAAAAUAUAAAAUCUAACUUUUGGGAUUAUUCCAAGAAACUUCACCAUGAACUCGGAUGGAGUUUAAAUUCAGAACUGGCCCUGGAGCAAGUGAUGGUUAAGAAUAUGGACCAUCCUAUAGCAUCUCCAGAUGACCCUUUCAUUAAUCCAUCACCAGUCCUUCAUGAUUACACGCUCAACUACCUCGGCGUUGUCCCAAGCCACCUGUAUGAGAAUUCUGAGCAUGUACAGGUAACUAGAUGGGUGUGUUACAAUUUUAUUCAUAGUUUUGCUUACACUAACAUGCACAUAAUUAUGCAAUUUCUAGGUUAUUGCAUUUACAGCAUAAGUUAUGAUACACACCAUUUAAGUGAUGAAACAGCAAAACUUCUUAUUCAUAAAAUAUUAUCUGUCAUUACAGAUGUCACAAAGAUGCAGUGAUGUAGUUUGUUUUUUACAUUGUACAGUGAUUACAGUAAUAUGUACAGUGAUAAUUACAGUUUAUAAACUAAAGAAGUAUAGCACAGGAUCCCCAAAUAAACUUUCCAUUAUAAUAGAAUGUUAUAGUAAUGUUAUUUUAUGUAUGGGGUAUAAUAAUAUUGUUCAAUGAUCCAAAAGUUGUACAUUGGUAAGAAGCAGCGUUCUUAAACACGAUAUAGGCAAGAUUUAUUUCUGCUGUGUUAUUACGGGAUAUGCUAUACCCAAGUUAAUAUUUUUCACUUACUGUAUUGUGUUGAUAUUGGCAGUAAUAUUUUUGUUUUGUAAGUCAGCAUCUUCCAAUUUUGCCAUUGUAAAUAAUAUACAUCCCAUAAGGCAUAUCAGACUAGGGCUUGAGUAGCUGUUCAUCCGCAGGUGUCAGCUUCCCCAGUUUAGUGUUUACAUACAUAUGCAUGUAACAUGGUUAGGUAUAUGUAUAGGGUUUUUCGGCAGGAUAAGUUUAUUCCUCGCGGAUCUUGGAAGGUGUGACCGAGCGAUGUAUUUGCCCGUCUUUAGGCAGAAGUAUUUAUAUAAAUGGGUUACUUACA